CAUGUAUGUUCUGGAUUGAGAUUUUGGAGAUGAGGAUUCUCCUGACUCUGUGACUAUUCAUGCAUGGUGGGCAAGCCACUCACCUUUCCUCAACCUUGGUUUUCUUCUCUGUAAAAUGUCAAGAGUAGAAGACAUCAUCUCUACACUUAAAGGCCGCAGUUGGAGAGCUGGCACCCUAUAGCUACACUGAAGAGAUUCUUCAAAGAUAUAAACAUACAAGUACAGGAAAAUAGGAGAGAUGACAAGAGCAAUGAAAUUUUGGAAGCUGGAAAGUACAUGGACAAGUAGUAACUGAUUUAACAACAGACCCAAGAAAGUUGGCUUCGAACUGUAGAAUCUUCAGGAGGCUCAGGAAUUGGCAGCAUCAGGGGGUGCUUAACAAAAACAAGGCCCAAUGGCUGGAUGUUUGCUCCUGGAAACAGCUCCCCCAGGCUGUUCCUGCUGCCUAGAAUUUCUUCUGUCUUUUCCCUGAGGCUUUGUCCUCAUGGCAAACUUCAAGGCCAGCAAAAGACAAAGGCAGAGGCAAGGCUGCCGCUGGAUAAAUGAAUAUAAGUCCAUGAGAGCAGAAGUAUUGUCUGUUUUGUUCAACUAUGGUACCCUCCAGAGCCUACAACAGUUCCUGUUGCUCAUCCUCCAGAUUAUACAUCAUAUAGCUCCUGAGGUGGAAUGGUGAUGUCUCCAUGAGGGAACCUCCUCUCAUUCAUCCUGUCAUGUGUAUCAUACUGUUCUUGACUGGGCCAUUCAUCUAAGAUGGGAUUUACCCUGUGAAACAGGGAGAAGACUUAUGGACCCCAAACAUCAUUUCAAGUUGUAGUUGAGUUUUUUAAAGUACAGACAUACAUGCAAAGCUUCUUUGCUUUGGGCCCUCUGCUUUGUUAAAGCUGCUGUAUUGCUAACCCAGAACUGCUCCAGUGACUGAUCAUCAUGGCUUCAGUUUGGAAGAGACUGCAGCGUGUGGGAAAACAUGCAUCCAAGUUCCAGUUUGUGGCCUCCUACCAGGAGUUGAUGGUUGAGUGUACCAAGAAAUGGCAACCAGAUAAACUGGUGGUAGUUUGGACAAGAAGAAGCCGAAGGAAGUCUUCUAAGGCUCAUAGCUGGCAACCUGGAAUAAAAAAUCCAUACCGUGGUGUUGUAGUGUGGCCUGUUCCUGAAAACAUUGAAAUCACUGUGACACUUUUUAAGGAUCCUCAUGCAGAGGAAUUUGAAGAUAAAGAGUGGACAUUUGUCAUAGAAAAUGAAUCCCCUUCCGGUCGAAGGAAAGCUCUUGCUACUAGCAGCAUCAACAUGAAACAGUAUGCAAGCCCUAUGCCAACGCAGACUGACGUCAAGUUGAAAUUCAAGCCAUUGUCUAAAAAAGUUGUAUCUGCCACCCUCCAGUUUUCAUUAUCUUGCAUUUUCCUUCGGGAAGGAAAAGCCACGGAUGAAGACAUGCAAAGUUUGGCUAGUUUGAUGAGUAUGAAGCAGGCUGACAUUGGCAAUUUAGAUGACUUUGAAGAAGAUAAUGAAGAAGAUGAUGAGAACCGAGUGAACCAAGAGGAAAAGGCAGCAAAGAUUACAGAAAUUGUAAACCAAUUGAAUGCUCUGAGCAGCUUAGAUGAAGAUCAAGAUGACUGCAUAAAGCAAGCAAAUAUGCCUUCAGCUAAAUCAGCCAGUUCCUCUGAAGAGCUUAUCAACAAACUGAACUUUUUGGAUGAAGCAGAAAAGGAAUUGGCCACUGUGACUUUAAAUCCAUUUGGUGAUCCUGAUGUAGCAGAAUUAAACCCAUUUGGAGAUCCUGACUCAGAAGAACCCAUCACUGAAACAGCAUCACCUAAAAAAUCAGAGGAAUCUUUUUAUAAUAGCUAUAAUCCCUUUAAAGAGAUACAGACUCCACAGUAUUUGAACCCAUUUGAUGAGCCAGAAACUUUUGUAACUAUAAAGGAUUCUCCUCCUCAGUCUACAAAAAGAAAAAAUGUAAGACCUGUGGACAUGAGCAAGUACCUCUAUGCUGACAGUUCUAAAACAGAAGAAGAGUUGGAUGAAUCUAAUCCUUUUUAUGAACCUAAACCAACUCUUCCUCCAAAUAAUUUGGUAACUCCAAUUCAAGAACUGGAAACUGAAAGUAGAGUGAAAAGAAAAGCUCCAGCCCCGCCAGCCAUCUCACCAAAGACAGGAGGAGUAAAUGAAAACACCAUUAUUUCUGCAGGAAGAGAUCUCUCCACUUCUCCUAAGCCGAGUCCUAUACCAAGUCCUGUUUUGGGGCGAAAGCCAAAUGCUAGUCAGUCAUUGCUUGUAUGGUGCAAAGAAGUUACAAAAAACUAUCGGGGAGUGAAAAUCACCAAUUUUACUACAUCGUGGAGAAAUGGUUUAUCUUUUUGUGCAAUAUUACACCACUUUAGACCAGAUUUAAUUGACUACAAGUCUCUGAAUCCUCAAGAUAUUAAAGAGAACAACAAAAAGGCAUAUGAUGGAUUUGCCAGCAUAGGAAUUUCCCGGUUGUUGGAACCUUCUGAUAUGGUCUUAUUAGCAAUUCCUGACAAACUGACUGUUAUGACUUAUCUCUAUCAAAUCAGGGCACAUUUCAGUGGCCAAGAACUGAAUGUUGUCCAGAUAGAGGAAAACAGCAGUAAGAGCACAUAUAAAGUUGGAAACUAUGAAACAGAUACAAACAGUUCUGUUGAUCAGGAAAAAUUCUAUGCGGAGCUUAGUGAUCUGAAACGGGAGCCUGAACUGCAGCCUUCGAGUGGCGGAGCGGUAGACUUCUUAUCGCAAGAUGACUCUGUAUUUGUAAAUGACAGUGGGGUUGGAGAGUCAGAAAGUGAACAUCAGACUCCCGAUGAUCAUCUUAGUCCAAGUACAGCCUCCCCUUACUGUCGCAGGACUAAAAGUGACACAGAACCCCAAAAGUCCCAGCAGAGCUCUGGAAGGACUUCAGGAUCCGAUGACCCUGGAAUAUGUUACAAUACAGAUUCGACCCAUGCACAAGUUUGGUUAGGCAAGAAGAGACUACUGAAAGCUGAGACUUUAGAAUUAAGUGACUUAUAUGUUAGUGAUAAGAAGAAGGAUGUGUCUCCACCCUUCAUUUGUGAGACAGAGGAACAAAAGCUUCAGACUUUAGACAUCAGUAAUAAUUUGGAGAAAGAAAAGUUAGAGCAUUCCAGACCCUUAGAAUGCAGAUCAGAUCCUGAAUCACCAAUCAAAAAACCAAGUUUAUCUCCCACUUCCAAACUUGGAUACUCCUACAAUAGAGAUGCAGACCUUACAAAGAAAAAACGUACUUCCCUGAGGCAGACAGAGUCUGAUCCAGAUACUGAUAGAACCACUUUAAAUCAUGCAGAUCAUUCCACAAAAACAGUCCAGCAUCGAAUGUUAUCAAGACAAGAAGAACUUAAGGAAAGAGCAAGAGUUCUGCUUGAGCAAGCAAGAAGAGAUGCAGCUUUAAAGGCAGGGAAUAAGCAGAAUACCAAUGCAGCCACACCACUCUGCAACAGGCAGCUAAGUGAUCAGCAAGAUGAAGAGCGACGUCGGCAGCUGAGAGAGAGAGCUCGUCAGCUAAUAGCAGAAGCUCGAUCUGGAGUGAAGAUGUCAGAACUUCCCAGCUAUGGUGAAAUGGCUGCAGAAAAGUUGAAAGAAAGGUCAAAGGCAUCUGGAGAUGAAAAUGAUAAUAUUGAGAUAGAUACUAACGAGGAGAUUCCUGAAGUCUUUGUUGUAGGAGGUGGAGAUGAACUUACUAACUUAGAAAGUGACCUUGAUACUCCCGAACAAAACACUAAGUUGGUGGACUUGAAGCUAAAGAAGCUCCUAGAAGCUCAGCCACAGGUGGCAAAUUCACUAUCCAGUGCUGCACAGAAAGCUAUAACUGAGAGCUCAGAGCAAGACAUUAAGAAUGGCACAGAAGAUCUCCGGACUGAGCGAUUACAAAAAGCAGCAGAACGAUUUAGAAAUCCUGUUGUGUUCAGCAAGGAUUCUACAGUCAGAAAAACUCAGCUUCAGUCUUUCAGUCAAUAUGUUGACAAUAGACCAGAGAUGAAAAGGCAGAGAUCAAUACAGGAAGAUACAAAGAAAGGAAAUGAGGAGAAGGCAGCGAUAACUGAAACUCAGAGGAAGCCAUCAGAAGAUGAAGUGCUUAAUAAAGGGUUCAAAGACACCAGUCAGUAUGUUGUAGGAGAAUUGGCAGCACUAGAGAAUGAGCAAAAGCAAAUUGACACCCGUGCCGCGCUGGUGGAGAAGCGCCUUCGCUAUCUCAUGGACACAGGAAGGAACACAGAAGAAGAAGAAGCUAUGAUGCAGGAAUGGUUUAUGUUGGUUAAUAAGAAAAAUGCCUUAAUAAGGAGAAUGAACCAGCUUUCUCUCCUGGAAAAAGAGCAUGAUUUAGAACGACGGUAUGAGCUGCUGAAUCGGGAAUUGCGGGCAAUGCUAGCCAUCGAAGACUGGCAGAAGACCGAGGCCCAGAAGCGACGCGAGCAACUCCUGCUGGAUGAGCUGGUGGCCCUGGUGAACAAGCGCGACGCGCUCGUCAGGGACCUGGACGCUCAGGAGAAGCAGGCUGAAGAAGAAGAUGAGCAUUUGGAGCGAACUCUGGAACAAAACAAAGGCAAGAUGGCCAAGAAAGAAGAGAAAUGUGUUCUUCAAUAGCAGCCGGACCAGAAUCUCCCAACAUUUUAGUCUUGGGUUCCCAGACCAGAAAAUGUCAGACUCGUUGUUGAUGUAAAACUUUUAACAUUUUGGGGGGCUGGAUUGUACUUCUUUACCACCACCACCACCCCUUUUCCUCCUUCCUUUCCAGAUAAUAGAACUCCGAAAGAGCUUUGUUUAAGGAUAUUUUUGUGUGUGUGUGAGUUAAUCAUUUCCUUGAAAUCAUGUGAAAUAAAUUUGCACAGACACCUUGUGAGUGAUUGGUAUUGAGUGUUCAAGAGAGUGCUCAAAGAAGAAAGAAAAGCAAACCCUUCCCUCAUUAUUUUCCCUCAGUUUUUGAUGGGAGAAAAAUUUGGAACACUUUUGUUGUUAUUGUUGUUGUUGUUGUUGUUGUUAAUAGCAUAAUGGUGGGAGGGGGGUAAGUGGGGGAUAAGAAAAAUGUCAUGAAUGAUUAUUCCAGUCCUGCCAUAUGUAACACUUGACUCUGUUACCUAAAUUUUAUAGUUAGAGCAUAUUCAAUCUACUUAUUAAACUGUGUUCUAUUUACCAGUGGGAUUUUCUGCAGUUGUUUUGCAUUUCACUGUAAGGAUAAUAGAGUUCCUGUCCUCUGUUUUCCUUAGAGUAUGGCCCUUUAAUGUAGCCUGAGACAGUCCUGUGAUUUGAAGGUGAGCUGUGAGGAUGGGACUAAUUGACAUGCAUCAGUUUACAAAGACGGUCUUAUCAUCUGAGAAUGCGCCAUCUUUUUCUCUGGAUAAUUAUUUAUUACAUCUAGCUUGGUUCCUACAUUUUGUUGGGUCUAAACAUUGGCUCAAGAAUGCUGUUAAUAUUUAUUAUGUAUCGAUAAAAGUCUGUCUUGCCACUAUGAGUAAAUCCCCCAAUUAAUAUUUUCUUCUCUAGCAUAGCACUGUCAUUUUUUUGUGAAAAUGGUUAUCUGUUUAUUUAUUACAAUACCGAGUCAUAUAUAAAUUUUCAAUAAAAGCAGAAACUUUCUUACCUUAA